CUGCCGCUGCCACUACCGCCGCCGCGCUCCUCCCCGCUGUGGGCCGCGGACGCCGCCGCCGCCGCCGCCGCGUAACCGCCGAGCUGGCCCGCGCGGACGCUGAGGCGAGCCCGGGCCGGGCGUGAGGGAGCAGGGGCUGCUGCCGCCGCGGGCGUUCGCUGCGCUCCGGCGGGGACUAUCUCCGCCUCCUGCUCGGCCGCCUGAGUCCUCACCGUCCUCCCCCCUCCCCGCUCCUCAAAAGCACCCCCGGCCCCCACACCCUCACGCCCCACCCGCGGGGACAAGGCCUCGGGAAUUCAGGGGAGUGGCUGUGGGGGCGCGUCGCGGCUCCCAGCUCGGCCAGCCCCUCUUCCAAGACAUGGUCUGAUCCCCAUUGUAGAAGCUGCGCCCCGAAGAGGAGGAGAGAGUGGUGUGCCCGGCUUGGGGCUGCAGGCAUCUCUUCGUGCUGAAGCUCUUGCAUUAUUUUAGGGUGGGGCGGGGAGGGCCCAGGAUUUUGGGGAGUGGGGGUGGGCGGGGGAAGAGGACCCGAGGAGGGGAAGGACUCUGUGAGGGAGCCGGUCAGAGACUAUGGGGAAGGACCAGGAGCUGCUGGAGGCUGCUCGCACUGGAAAUGUGGCUCUGGUGGAGAAACUCCUGUCUGGCAGGAAAGGAGGGAUCCUGGGCGGUGGAUCCGGACCCCUGCCCCUGUCUAAUCUGCUAAGCAUCUGGCGAGGCCCCAAUGUGAACUGCACAGACAGUUCGGGUUACACUGCUUUACACCAUGCAGCCUUAAAUGGACAUAAGGACAUAGUUCUCAAACUACUACAAUAUGAAGCAUCAGCCAAUGUAGCAGACAACAAAGGUUAUUUUCCUAUUCAUCUGGCCGCCUGGAAAGGAGAUGUGGAAAUUGUGAAGAUUCUUAUCCAUCAUGGACCGUCACAUUCCAGAGUCAAUGAACAGAAUAAUGAAAAUGAAACGGCCCUGCACUGUGCAGCCCAAUAUGGACACUCAGAAGUAGUUGCGGUUCUCCUGGAGGAGCUCACUGACCCUACGAUCAGGAACAGCAAGCUUGAAACCCCUUUGGACCUGGCAGCACUCUAUGGACGGCUCAGAGUGGUCAAAAUGAUCAUCAGCGCACACCCAAACUUAAUGAGCUGCAACACCCGAAAGCAUACGCCGCUUCACCUCGCUGCACGCAAUGGUCACAAAGCAGUGGUACAGGUGCUGUUGGAGGCAGGAAUGGAUGUGAGCUGUCAAACAGAAAAAGGGAGUGCACUCCAUGAAGCAGCAUUGUUUGGAAAAGUGGAUGUUGUACGAGUUUUGUUAGAAACAGGAAUUGAUGCCAACAUAAAGGAUAGCUUAGGUAGAACAGUCUUAGACAUUCUGAAGGAACAUCCAUCUCAGAAGUCUCUUCAGAUUGCAACACUCUUACAAGAAUAUUUAGAAGGCGUUGGAAGAUCACCAAUCCUUGAAGAGCAUGUACAGGAAGAUACAACGCAGGAAACACGCAUUUCACCUCCUGCCGAGUCUCCUUCCCAAAAGAACAAAAGUGAAACAGUGACUGGAGAAUUAUCCAAACUUUUGGAUGAAAUAAAACUCUGUCAAGAAAAGGAUUAUUCUUUUGAAGAUUUGUGCCACACAAUAUCAGACCACUACUUAGAUAAUUUGAGCAAGAUUUCAGAGGAAGAACUUGGGAAAAAUGGAAGCCAGAGUGUAAUGAGAAAAUGGAAGUACAGCGAGCUUUUAUGGCUUUUCCAAGUUCGCACAAGAACUUCAUCUACAAUAAAUUUGUCACCAGGAGAAGUGGAAGAAGAUGAUGAUGAAAACACAUGUGGGCCCUCAGGAAUUUGGGAAGCACUUACUCCUUGUAAUGGGUGCAGGAACCUCGGCUUCCCCAUGCUGGCACAGGAGUCCUAUCCAAAGAAGAGAAAUUAUGCUAUGGAAAUUGUACCAUCUGCCUCUCUGGAUACAUUUCCUUCAGAAAAUGAGAACUUUCUAUGUGAUCUCAUGGACACAGCUGUUACAAAGAAACCAUGUUCCUUAGAAAUUGCAAGGGCACCUUCCCCAAGAACUGAUAAUGCGUCUGAGGUAGCAAUUACUGCUCCAGGAACUAGUAAUCAUAGAAACAGCUCUACAGGCCCAACACCUGACUGCUCACCUCCAUCCCCCGACACUGCCCUCAAAAACAUUGUAAAAGUUAUUCGACCCCAGCCUAAACAACGAACAUCCAUUGUAUCGUCUCUGGAUUUUCAUCGAAUGAAUCACAACCAAGAAUAUUUUGAAAUCAACACAUCUGCAGGGUGUACAAACUUUACUUCCAGCCCUCCUGGCAGUCCACCCACCUCUUCUGUGGAAACCACAGAAGUCAAGAAUGAGGGAACUGACCGUGCAGAUGUCCUCUCUCAGCAGGAGGACAAUGAUCCUCCGAAGGAAUACGAUCCUGGACAAUUUGCAGGCCUUCUUCAUGGAUCCUCCCCAGCCUGUGAGUCUCCUGAAAAUCCAUUCCAUCUCUAUGGGAAAAGAGACCAGUGUGAAGAAGGACAAGAUGAAGCCAGUUUGGCAAACAGUCCUUUGCCUUUCAAACAGACUCCAAUAACAAAUAACCCAGAACCUUCGGUUAAGAAAGUUAAACCCAAAGUGGUCAGUAGAACAAUUUUUCACAAAAGAAGCAACCCAGUUGAAAACCGUACCAUAGUUGGCACAAGAACGACCAGGAGUGGAUCCCGGAAUGGAGACCAGUGGGUUGUGAACACAGGGGGAUUUGUAGAGAGAGCGUGUACUCUGGGGAGAAUACGGUCAUUGCCUAAAGCCCUGAUCGACAUGCAUUUAUCAAAAACUGUUUCCAAAUCUGACUCUGAUCUCAUUGCCUACCCUUCAAAUGAGAAAACCUCAAGAGUUAACUGGAGUGAAUCUUCAACUGUGGAACACAGCUCUAAAGGGAACUCUGAAAGAACACCAUCCUUCACGUCUGAAUGGGAAGAAAUUGACAAAAUAAUGAAUUCCAUAGAUGUUGGAAUCAACAGUGAACUUGAAGAGAUGAAUGGUGAGACCACAAGACCCAGAUGCCCUGUCCAAACAGUGGGACAAUGGUUGGAAAGCAUUGGGCUACCUCAGUACGAGAACCACCUGAUGGCUAAUGGAUUUGACAAUGUGCAGUUUAUGGGAAGCAAUGUUAUGGAAGAUCAGGAUUUGUUGGAAAUUGGAAUCCUUAAUUCUGGGCAUAGACAGAGAAUUCUACAGGCCAUCCAGCUCCUUCCAAAGAUGAGACCCAUUGGUCAUGAUGGCUACCAUCCCACCUCUGUAGCUGAGUGGCUGGAUUCAAUUGAACUGGGUGACUACACCAAAGCCUUCCUAAUUAAUGGCUACACAUCAAUGGACCUGUUGAAAAAAAUCUGGGAGGUUGAACUUAUUAAUGUUUUAAAAAUCAAUUUGAUUGGCCACAGGAAACGCAUUUUGGCCUCUCUGGGAGACAGGCUGCACGAGGAUCCACCGCAGAAGCCCCCUCGGUCCAUCACCCUCAGGGAACCCAGUGGUAAUCACACUCCUCCUCAGUUGUCUCCAUCACUUAGCCAAAGCACUUACACCACUGGUGGCUCCCUAGACGUUCCUCACAUUAUCAUGCAGGGCGAUGCAAGGAGGAGAAGAAAUGAAAACUACUUUGAUGAUAUUCCCCGAUCAAAACUGGAGAGGCAGAUGGCCCAGGUUCAAACUGAUGUGCUAAGAGACUUCUCUCUGCCUCCCACACCUAAGAUGAGAAUCUCGAGGUGAAAAUUUGACUGUAAUUGCUUUGCCUUGGUUGUUAAAUAUUUUUCUCAACUGUUUGGUGAGAUUCUGUUUUCAAAAGCCUUUUGUAAACAUUCUGUGCUACAGCUCAUAAAGGAAAAAUGUGAAGAGAAUGUUCUGGAAACUGUGACUGUUCCGCCUGCAAAUGCCUUGGAUUAAAAGAGCCUGGGAUUUUGGUCUCCUUUGUGCUGUCUUGGUAUAGAAUUGUUCUCAGGGCCCUUUGUGCAGGGAAUUGCAAUGUUGGGAUUACAGAUCAUGUUUUAUUGAAGCAAGAUGGAAAAUGUGAGAGAGACAUGGAAAGAAUAAUUUUCCCUUUCUCUUGUUAGGUGUUGUCUUUUAAUCUUCAUCACUGUUUUCGCUGCUGCUCUUUUAAGACAGUCUGAAAGCUCUUGUCUCCAUCCAGCCCAUUUAUUUCCAGCUGCUUGGUAGUGUUUGUAGAUCACAUAUGUGGUUAAAUUUCCCUAAUGACAGCAUUUCAGAGACAAGAGUUGUUUUCAUCUUAAUCAUGUAGUCUUUAUAUAUUAAUACAAAUGAAAUAGUUUUGAACCCUUAUCUUUCCCGGGUAAGGAAGGGUGGUCCAUUCAUGAGCAUUAGUUGUUAUUGUCUGUGUUGAUCUUACUAACAGAGAUACCUGCUUGUAUGAUUUAUGAAAUUUCUUCUCAUAGGACAGUUUUUUCAAGUAUUAAUUACUCUUAAGUCUAAGUGUGAACACUCAGAGGUAGUCAAGCAAUGUUGCUCACGGACAGGGGCAAUGUUACCUUUGGAAUAGCCCAAAUCUUUUUCCUGUCACUCCAAUCAAAAAUGCAGUCUGCUUUCUUUUACUGGGUGAGAAAGAAAGCCUUUCAGGAGUGUCUUGCCUGGAGAAAAUAGAACAAACGUUUAUCUGGCCAGGUAGGAAAAGCCCACAAGCAGACAGGAGAGUGAGAUAAGCAGGUUGAUGGAAUGCGGUGAUCUACAGGGCAUCAAUGAGAGAGUGCUUAUUUCCCUACUGACGAUCGAAUGUCAGAUAGAGACAUGGCUCCAUCCAAAACCAGCAGCUUAUUAGAGGCUUUCUAAACUCCUGCUGUUUGAUACAGCUUUUUUUUUUUUUCUGCAGAGAAAAUCAGAGAUGGCACUUCAAGAAUCUGAUCAAUAAGAAAAAGGGAUUCUGGGAUUGUAACUGUUUAGGUUAUGUUUUUUUGGAAAUGUCCCCUAGUCUGACAAGACCAAAACUUAGGAAUCAAUGACGAGCAUACCUCUUAAAAAUUGUAUCAUUUCAAAGUGUUAACCUUUCAAAAUAUGAAAUAUUCAGUGAUCUUCUUGUUGAGAAGUUCAAUUUAUGUGACUUUUCCACCAUUCGCUCAGCUGAUUUUUUUGUAUAUCCCCGCCCUGCUUUUUUGCUCAUUUGCAGUAAUACUGUAUGAAAUUCAUUUGCUUUUAUAACAACCUGUCACUCAUUCUGGACUGUAUUCUUCUCUGAAAUUAUGUGUUUAGACAAUAAAGCUGGGUCUUCCUAAAGGCUUGAAUUAGCAAUUGAAAUCCCUGUAAGGAACAGUUAUACCUCCUUGCAACCCAGAGCUCAGUUCCUGUGGUACUUCCUCAAGGGAGUUCUCCCAGGAGGUUGACGGUGGCUUGCUUAGCGCUGUCUCCACUCUGUCUCCCACUGAAAUGCACAAGUUCACCUUGAGGCUUUCCUUCUUUCCCAGGAAAAGAAAGCAGAAUGCAGUUGAGGGAAAAAAAAUCACUAAGACCGUUUCAUGUUCUUAGAAACCCCUCUUUCUCUCUACAUUUAGCUGAGCACACCACUAGACUGAUUUGGAAUUCUAGCCUGAGGCCAGAAACCUGAACUUCUUGGUGGCUGUAAUAAUUCAUAGGUGCUUUUGCCUUCUUAAAGUCUACUCAACAAAUGUUUGGGGGAGCUUUGCUUAACUUAGAAAAACACUGCCUAAAGUUAAAUUGAGAUAAAUUUAAUGUUCUUUCCAUCUCUUAAAUUAGUGUGUUAGCAAACAUUGAGAAUGUACUUCUGGAGGGACAUUCAAUUGCCUGUUUUCAAUUUGAAACAUUAUUAAAAGAUACCUGUGUUGGAAUACAGGGGAAUUGCAAAUAUUGUGGCCAUUGUUUGCUUUUAUUCUGAUAUAAGCAAUAUUCUGGCCUUUAAUUGUCUUAAGUGAAUAUGUGAGGAAAAAAAUUGAUAUCAGCGCUAAUAGCAUCUUUCAAACCACUGAAUUGUAAUGAUGUAAACAUUGCUAAACAAGGGACAUCCUAUCAUGCUGAACACUUAGCUUCUCUAGCCUAUAAUCCUCAAUUGGACUCAUUAGGCUGAAGGUUCUUUUUUCUUUAUGGACAGGCAGAGUUAGACAGUAAGAGAGAGACAGAGAGAAAGGUCUUCCUUCCAUUGGUUCACACCCCAAAUGGCCGCUAUGACCGGCGCACUGCGCCGAUCCAAAGCCAGGAGCCAGGUGCCUCCACCUGGUCUCCCAUGUGGGUGCAGGGUCCAAGGACUUGGACCAUCCUCCACUGCACUCCCGGGCCACAGCAGAGAGCUGGACUGGAAGAGGAGCAACCGGGACAGAACCAGCGCCCCAACCGGGACUAGAACCAGGAGUGCCAGCGCUGCAGGUGGAGGAUUAGCCUAGUGAGCCGCGGCGCCAGCCGGCAGAAGAUUCUAAAGUGCUCCCCCAUUUCCAUUCCCUAGUAGAUAAAUGCUACACUCACGUUUGAAUGAUGAUACCUUAAUGUACAUAGAGCGUUUAAGUAGUCAGAGCACUUUGAUAUGUUAUCGCAUUCUACACAGUGUGUCCUAGCAUUAUUAAUAUGUGUAUACACAUUAUUUCUGAGUUCUAUGGAGACGACAUAGAAGGAGGUAAAAGUUUCCAAUAUUGAGGGUCAAAUUGGAAUCCUUGGAAGUUUCCUUGAAUGAAACUUAAAAGUCAUUGUAGCCUUAAAAUGAAUAACAACAGAUACAAAAGUUACACUUUGUAAAUUCACAUUUAUUAAAUAAAAAAAUAAAUAAUAAAAACAGAAUGAGUGAUGCAGAAGAGAGAAUAUCGAACUUAGAAGACAGAGAACAGGAAAGUAUACAGUCAAACCAAAGAAAAGAAGAGGAAAUUAGAAAUCUACAGCUCAAUAGGCUAAUCAUCCGCCUAGUGGCACUGGCACACCGGGUUCUGGUCCUGGUCGGGGCACCUGAUUCUGUCCCUGUUGCCCCUCUUCCAGGCCAGCUCUCUGCUGUGGCCCAGGAGUGCAGUGGAGGAUGGCCCAGGUACUUGGGCCCUGCACCCCAUGGGAGACCAGGAGAAGCACCUGGCUCCUGGCUUUGGAUCAGUGCAGCGCGCUGCCCACGGUGGCCAUUGGAAGGUGAACCAAUGGCAAAAAGGAAGACCUUUCUCUCUGUCUCUCUCUCUCACUGUCCACUCUGCCUGUAAUAAAAAAAAAAAAAGAAAAAAUCUAAAAAAUAUUGUCGGUAAUCUACAGGAUACUAUUAAAAAAACCAACAUUUGGGUUCUAGGAGUUCCUCAAGGCAUGGAGAGGGAGAAAGGAUUAGAAUGCCUUUUUAGUGAGAUACUAGCAGAAAAUUUCCCAGGUUUGGAGAAGGACAGAGACAUCCUAGUACAGGAAGCUCAUAGAACCCCUAAUAAAUAUGACAAAAAAAUGAAUAACAACAGAGAAUAAUGGAAUUCAUAAGGCUUGGGGACCCCAUUCUCCAAACUU